AGGGGAGGUCAGUUAGGGGCAAUUGUCAGGAAGUCCGGACUUGGUAGAAAGUAUACAAAGGUAAAGAAGCCAUAGUCCUUGCCUUUCUGAAAGGUAGUCAGUGUCGCUGCAGCCCAAAGACCCCUCAGCUCCCCUUUUGACUUUCAUAGAUGUGAUUGGCAGCAGCUGCCAUACUCCUUUGUACCUUCCUUUUCUCAGAAAACCCUAGCUCUGCCCUCGCUUGUCAUGGGCACCACACACUCACCUGAAGUUAGGGUGGGUCAGGGGUCGUCUUGGCUCUGGUCAUCUCGGCCACAGUCUCUAGAGCUGCCAGUGCUUAGUGUCCAGCAAGUAGGCCCGCUGAUGUGGGAUGAGGAGGAUGUGGGCUGUUAGGUCUGGAGGGAAUGCCACUAGGAGGUGAGGUGAUUACCGGCCUCAGGGCUACAAAGCGGGAAUUGGUAAGGAGGAAGUGGACUGAUGGUUUAUGGUCUGAGAAAAAGCAGUAAGUUUAGCAGGCUCUGGUUAAGGAAAGGAAGCAUGGCAUUCUGAGAGUAGGAAGAAAAUCCUUGUCCAAAGAGUGGCCAAGAUGGUGUCAGGUGACCUCCACCCCACCAUCUCAGAGGAGGGGACAGACGGACAGCAGCCCAGAGGAGAGCUCUGUGGUUUUUGUGACUCCAGGCGAUGGGUGGGGUUGGGCUGGGCUCCAGCCUCUCUAACUCAAUGGUUCCAUGAGUCUGUGAUGUCACUGAAGGGAGGAGAAAGGGUAGCGGGGCUCGGCCCCACACGCUCCAGUGCCUCUCUCCUUGGAUUCGGAUAGUUUUGGGGAUGAGGGGCGGUGAGCUGAGCGGUCACACAGCCAAGCAUCUUUUACAAACCUGGUCAAAGAAACAAUGAAAACAGCCUUUUAUUCUUCUGUUUCUAGAAAACUUCAAGAACAAGAGACCUACUUUCAAACUGAGCUGAAAAAGAAUAUUUGGACAAACCGUGAUUGCGAGAGUGGAUAAGUCUUCUAGCUGAGCCUAUGAGCUCUGACACCAUAGCAAUCAUCUUCUUCAUCUUCCUUCUAAUUGGCUUUACUUCCAUCUUCUUUUUAUUGAUGCUGUUUUUAUAUAAAUGUUUCCAAAGCAAGAAAACUGAAGAGACAGAAAAAGGUCUUUGUGAAGAUUGUUUUACUGGUAAUGUGCAGACAAGCAAUCUAGGAGACCAAGAAAAGACUCUAAGGCAAAUCAUGAAGCCUGGCAUUCUUGUCCACAGACAGAGUAAAGAAAUGCUGAACACAUACUGGAAAGACAAAGAGGACAUGGAGGGCAAAAUAAAAGAGAAUCUGUCCCAUUCUCCCCUGAAGGAUGAUUCUUUGCGAGGAGCACACAUCCCUGCCAGCGCAGCCCCGUCCGUCACUGAUGACACCAGAAGACCUUUGAAAGGAGUGACGUUUUCUAGGGAGGUGAUUGUUGUGAAUCUCGGGGAGGAACACCCUGCACCGCACAGCCAUAUUCAAGAACCUAAAGAGAGAAAAUGAAGGUCAGAAAAGGCUGAGAGUGAAAGCAACGUAACCGGGACCAACGGUGCCAUGACUGGGGGCACGGAAUCAUGUUGACACGGCGAAAUAAUAGAGAAUUAAGCAAAUACAAAUAACAUUUUAUCUCUGUGCAAAAAAGAAGUGGGCUACAUGCAAAAGUUCUGUAAGUAAAAUACCCAGAGCUUGAAUAUAAUGUGUGUGCUUUUAAACACAAAUCCGAGUUCUAUUCAGUGUCCUUGCAACUCAGUCGACUCCAACACUGCCUCGCGUAUGAAUGAGGUUAUUUUGUUUGUGCAGUUAUCUUAGGUAAAUGGUAUUCAAAGGAAGGUUGGAAACAGCAUAUGUCCUUGAUGACCACAGACCUUUAUGACCAAAACCAUUCCUACCAUCAUCCAGGAAACCGACAGUGAUUGGGUCUAGGGUCCCCUACCACACAGUCCCUGCUGCACUCAAUUCAGAAACCUUCCUUGUA